AAACAAUGUUGAAGGUGUGGAGUCCCUACAGCUCAGCUACAACGCUUUAAUGCUUUGUUUUAAAUCUUGUGGAGGAAGAGAAGAGAAGAUGAAUCCACAACACUGAAAGUGACGUUAGAAACGAGAAAAAGUUUACAUUUCUCGGAGUUUUGAAGACUCACACUGUGAAGGAGGGAGUCCCACAGCUCUCAGCAUUAAAACACAAAAAAUAAUUAAAAAAUCAACAUUUUGGGUUUUCAUUUCUGGUUGCAACUUUUGGUCUCUCCGCGGAAUCUCAUUCCAAUUGGCUUCAUCCUCUAAAGGAAAAGGUGGUUUUUGGAAUCUGGGAAAAUGGGUUUGAUUUCUGGGAUUUUUCUGGGGAUGGUAUUCGGCAUCGCAUUGAUGGCAGGAUGGGAGCGCAUGAUGAGGUACCGAAGCGCCAAGCGAAUUGCAAAGGCAGUUGACAUUAAACUCCUUGGAUCGCUUAACAGAGAUGAUUUAAAGAAAAUUUGUGGUGAUAAUCUUCCUGAAUGGAUAUCUUUUCCUGUAUAUGAACAGGUGAAAUGGCUAAACAAGGAACUGACCAAACUUUGGCCAUUUGUGGCAGAAGCAGCAACUAUGGUGAUCAGAGAAUCUGUUGAACCUCUGCUGGAAGAUUACAGACCUCCUGGAAUUACUUCAUUGAAGUUCAGCAAGCUGUCACUUGGAAACGUGGCUCCAAAAAUUGAAGGUAUUCGUGUCCAGAGUCUUAAGAAAGGUCAAAUCAUAAUGGACAUUGAUUUCCGCUGGGGUGGUGAUCCCAGUAUUAUUUUGGCUGUUGAAGCUGCACUUGUUGCAUCAAUCCCUAUUCAGUUGAAGGAUCUACAGGUUUUCACCAUUAUCCGUGUUAUAUUCCAACUCGCUGAAGAGAUUCCUUGCAUUUCUGCUGUUGUUGUUGCUCUGCUUGCUGAGCCAAAGCCCAAGAUUGAUUAUACUUUGAAAGCUGUUGGUGGAAGUUUGACAGCUAUUCCUGGAAUUUCGGAUAUGAUUGAUGAUACUGUCAAAUCAAUUGUUACUGACAUGCUCCAAUGGCCUCAUAGGAUUGUAGUUCCACUAGGCGGUAUUCCUGUUGAUAUUAGUGAACUAGAGCUUAAGCCCCAGGGAAAACUUACAGUGACUGUGGUGAGAGCGAAUGAUUUAAAGAAUAUGGAAAUGAUUGGAAAGUCAGAUCCUUAUGUAGUUAUGCAUAUUCGACCAUUAUUUAAGUAUAAGACCAAGGUUAUUGAUAACAACUUGAAUCCUAUUUGGGAUCAGACAUUUGAGCUGAUUGCAGAAGACAAGGAGACCCAGUCACUCAUUCUUGAGGUUUUUGAUAAAGACAUUGGGCAAGAUAAGCGAUUGGGAGUAGUACAGUUACCCCUUAUUGAUCUGGAAGCAGAAACAGUAAAGCACCUAGAAUUGAGGCUGCUGGCAUCACUUGAUACACUGAAGGUGAAAGAUAAGAAGGAUCGAGGAACCUUGACAAUAAAGGUCUUGUAUCAUCAGUUUAACAAGGAAGAGCAAUUGGUCGCUUUAGAAGCAGAAAAAAAGAUAAUGGAAGACAGGAAGAAACUGAAAGAGGAGGGAAUCAUAGGAAGCACAAUGGAUGCACUAGAUGGAGCAGUAUCAGUGGUAGGGUCUGGUGUUGGGCUUGUUGGUACCGGCGUUGUUGCUGGUGCUGGGUUUGUGGGAAGUGGCAUUGGCACUGGAGCUGGCCUUGUUGGCAGCAGCAUUGGUGCUGGAGCCGGCCUUGUUGGCAGCAGCAUUGGGGCUGGAGCCGGCCUUGUUGGGAGUGGUUUUGGAGCCUUUGGUAGUGGACUGAGCAAGGCGGGGAAGUUUGUUGGCAGGACAAUCACAGGUAGAAAGAGUGGUUCUACUACCCCAGUCAAUAAUGCACUGGAGAAUGGUGGUGGUGCAAAGCCUCUUUGAUUCCUUCCUUGGUACUGUUAAGAGUAAUGAAUGGACAUUUGCAUGUUCAAUCUUUGAUAAUAGAUAGAUUAUCUGUGUUGCAUUUUUUCUUUACCAUGAUGUUUUCUCCAAUGGCUGUUAAUCUACUAGAUUGACAAAAUGAUAGAAGAAAUGUCUAUUUAGUUCAGUUGUAUCAUCUUUAUCUGUAAUUAUGUCUGAUACUUGAAUUUGUAAUAAAACUUGACAAAUUGUAAAAAAAAAAUUCCUUAUUUAGUUCAGGUGUAUGAUACAUUUGUAAUAAAACUUAAAAAUUGUAAAAAUUAUACAUUG